AUGCCGUUCAUGAAGCCUCGGAUCCCCGUGUCGCCGUCUGCAUCAGCCCGUCGUCUGGACCUCAGCUUCCUCAAGUUGGUGACUUUCUGGAUGCUGCAAGCCGGCAACAUCAUCCAGAGCUUUGGGUAUUUCUUGCCGAGCACAUAUCUGCCCUCGUACUCGACGACGACAGUCGGACUGUCUCAGACAACAGGCACGAUGUUAGUUUCACUCUUUAAUGCGACCGCCGUGUUCGGCGGAAUCGCUCUUGGGGCACUCUGCGACCGCUUCGCUGUUACGAACAUCAUGCUUCUGUCCUCUGUAGGGUCUGCGUUGUCGGUACUUCUUUUCUGGGGUCUGGCCUCGUCAUCAGAUCCGGGUUCAUCCCGAGCAGCUGUCGCUUUGCUCACGCUUUUUUCUAUUUCCUAUGGCUUCUUUGCGGGUGGAUUUAGCUCCACUUGGUCUGGAAUCAUCACACAGAUCAAGAGUGACUCUUCCUCGUCCUUGGAGACUGGGCUAGUCUUUGGUCUCCUGGCCGGUGGACGAGGGAUUGGAAAUGUGAUCAGUGGGCCAUUGAGUACGGUGUUGCUGCGUCAGGGAUCUCUUAGUGUCUCCCACGGCCACAACAGUGGGACAGGGUACGGUACAGAGUAUGGAACCCUGAUUCUCUUCACUGGCAUCACGGCCUUUUUCGGGGCGUGGAGUUGGAUGUGGCGCUAUAUCAGCUCUGCCCUCCGCUUCGACUUGAACGCCGAAGCCACCGCUCCGAUUGACUCCCAAUUUCUUGCAUCUCAUCUCUCUCCCGGGCCGCUGCCCAUCCUCAUAAUAAUGGCUGCGGUUGACCCUACCAUCCAAGAUCCUCUCCUUUCGCUCCGGCGCGCCAUUGCGUCCGGCAACCUCCCGACGCCUACGACCUCGUCCGAGCUCACAGACCAGCCCGCCACCGACGACCUGGCCCAGGCCACACACUUGUACUUCCCUCAGCCCACACCCCAGGUGAUUCCCCUGACGACACCGACGCGAUUCGUGUCCGCAUCCACCGAGUCGGCCGUCGACCUGCGCAGCAUCUUCUUCGCAUGGCAGAAAAAAGAUGUCGCCAUCCCAGAAUACAUCGCCUCGGCGCAGGAGCUGAAUGAAGCGCUCAAGAAGAAGGGGCCGCAGGAGGCUGGCCGAGAGGAGCAGGUCCAGAAUCUCGUUUUUGUCGAGCGUCUCGAUCUCAUUACUUGGCUCGAGGGAGCUUCCGACGAGAGUGAAUACAUUAAGCCUCUCGAGGGUGCUGCUGCCGCUGCUGAGGCGGCGGCCGCCGCCGCCGGUGCCGCCCAAGCAGAUGCCUCGGCAGGCAUUGCCUCCGGUGCGACGGGGGGUAUUUCCUCAGUGCCCAGUGGUGCGCCUGGCGCGGCGCAGGCAGGGGCUCAGGCCGGUCGCGCUCAGAAGCCGAUUGACCCCAGGCUGCAGGAGAUUUACAAUGGGGAACGCAAGACGGGAGACCGGAAUACAGUACUUCGGGGGAUCAAGCCAACGGAUUUCUCGCAUGUCCGUAAAAGCGCUGAAUUAUUCCUCGACCGCAAUCGCACGCGCCCUGGUCAGCCAAGCGCCAGACCGGGCAGCAAGACCCAAGGCGCGGUGCCCGCGCCGUCUGCAGGGUUGCCGAUGCCCUCUUCCCGAAAAUCCAGCUCCCGCCUCGAACCGAUCAUCCUGCUCUCUCCAUCCGCAUCCUCUCUUAUCCGCAUGUCGAACGUCAAGUCCUUUCUUGAGGAUGGCGUGUUCGUGCCGCCUGACCACCCCACGUUGAGCAUGUCCACCGAGGCCAAUCUUGUCACUUUGUCCCGCCCGCUCCGCAUCAAGGCGGACCCGUCCAACCCAACGGAGAAUGCAAUCGGCUCCGGAAACCGGUCAAUCAAGCCCACAAGGUUCAUCCUUGUCGACGGCACCACCAACUUCAAGCCUGAGUACUGGCAGCGCAUCGUCGCCGUGUUCACCACCGGCCAAACCUGGCAAUUCAAGUCUUACAAGUGGUCCUCGCCUCCUGAGCUCUUCAAGCAUGCAACGGGUAUCUAUGUAGGCUGGCGGGGCGAACUGCCUCCUCCACAAGUGACGAGCUGGGGCCGUGGUGUUCAGAGCUUUGCCGUAGAGCGCUGGGACGAAAGGAAUGGGACGAAUGGCUUGGGUCGCUGGAGGGAUCGUGAGGUGGUUGAAGGUAUUUGGACGGUGAUUGAGGAGGGCAUGAGACUUCGCGGCUGGGGCUCGAAAUAA